AUGUUAUGGGCGUGCGUGACCGAAUGGAACCAGGAAGCGAGGUGUGGGACGUCACUUGCGCAUUCUGCUGUGCAAAGGAUAAAACGACGCGCUCAUCGAUUGCGGCGACAUCGUAGGCGCGAUGUUUCGAAAAGGACGAAGUAUAUCGAAGUGGCGUUGAUUGGCGAUUAUGAAUUUAUGAAAUUCCGGGGACUCAACGAUUUGGACGCUGUCACUUAUAUGCUGGAAUCGAUCAAUAUGGCGGAUUAUAUGCUUUCACGAGAUCUCAAUAUUCGACUAAGUGUUGUCUAUGCCGAAUUAUGGUCCGAUGUUCAACGCGUUGAUUUGAUUGAGGACAUUGAGCGAACAUUGAGCGGGGUUGUCGACUAUUCGACGGGCCAUAUUUAUCAUAUACAAAAAGACGCCGUCGUCUUCUUCACAUCUGGAAGUUUUGCGAACGCCGAAGUGGCGAAUUCGGCGCUUCGCAGCAUUUGCACGGCGCGUUCGGCGAUCAUCGUCAAAGCGUUGGACGCGUUCAGCACACAAUGGAACGCCGUACUCGUGUCGCAAUCGUUCGGACACCUUCUCGGUCUUGAGCACGACACGACCGCGUGCUCGUGCGAGCCGUCGCCGGAAUGCCUAAUGAGGAAGCAGCCGGGGAAACUCGGCGCGCCGUUCACGUGGCAAUUUUCGAAAUGCUCGGUGGCGAGAAUGCACGGUAUCUGGCAAGACGGCAACAUUCAAUGUCUCCUCAACAAGCCAUUCCAGGUGUCGGAGUUGCGCGAAUGCGGCAAUGGAAUUGUCGACGCGUCGGAAGAAUGCGAUUGUGGAACGCGCGAGACGUGCGCGGAUCCGUGCUGCGAUCCGCUGACGUGCACGUUGCGAACGCACGCCCAAUGCGCCUCCCAUCAAAAAUGUUGCCAUCGUUGCGAGUUGAGGCGCGCCGGCGAGAUUUGUCGCGCGUCGCGUUCGCCGUGCGACGUCGCCGAACAGUGCGACGGCAAGUCCGGCGAUUGUCCGCCGGACGGCCAUUUGAUCGACGGCACCGUGUGCGGAAGCGACGGGCAGUGUUGGCGCGGCAAUUGUAGCGACGCCGAAUCGCAGUGUAAAUCAUUGUGGGGACGAGAAGCGCGUGUCGCCGAAGCGGUAUGCUUCGAGCAGAACACGAAAGGAGCGGAAUACGCGAAUUGCGGAUUCCAAUCCGACGGAUCCUAUCAUCCGUGCCAACACGAGGACACCCGAUGCGGAACACUUCAUUGUCAAAACGGCCUUCUUGCUCCCGUCGACACGUCGUUGAAGGCGUUCACAUUCCACUUCAUGCAAGACGCCCAACAGAUUCAGUGCAAAUCGAUUGCGUCGCCGACGGUGGGACUCGUCGGCGACGGCGCGAGUUGCGGCAGCGGAAAAGUGUGCGUCGCCGGAAGUUGUGUGGAAAUGUCGUCGGUGACGUCGUCGAUCGCAUGUCCCACCAAUAAUCUCGCCCUAUUGUGCUCGGGACACGGGCAUUGCACGACGACGGCGAAAUGCGUCUGCUUCAAUGGAUGGAGUGGAAAUGCGUGCGAUAUUCGAAGCAACACAUCGACAUAUUCGGGAAGCAUGGGAUUCGGUGUCGACAAAAUGGAGGAUAAGUCCGAGUUUGGCGACACGGUGUUCAUUCCGAGGCUCGGCAUCGGCGCCACACUCGAAACGGCGACACUGUUCGCGAUUCUGUUCGCCGUCGGCAUCGUGUUCCUCUUAUGUCUCGUCUGCCUCAUGUUGUGCUAUCGUCGAAAAAGUGUCGUCGAGAUUCCGAAGCCGAGCGAUGAGAAGGUCGACGACGAGCCGGAUAGACAAAUCAAAUUUGGCAACAUGCCGAGCUAUAGAGAAGAGAAACGAAAGCGGAAGAGCACCAAGCGCAUCUAUGGGGCUCUCAAUCGAAUCACCGAGGCUGACGAACGCGACUCGGCGAGUCUACGAUCGCGCGAUAGUAAUGGAAGUCAAUCGUUGCUCGAACAUCAUCGAACUCAAAGCAUUCGCGAUCCAUACGCCACUGAGCACAUCUAUGCGGAAUCGGUGCUCGCCGCCUACCCGCUACGAUCAUUUGGAUCGUGGAGAUCGUCGGAUCCGAUUAGUCCGGCAUCGUCGACGGGUCGACUGACGGAUGUCUCGACGGCGACAACACCGUUGAGGCUCAACAAAAUCGGCAAGAUCCUCAAAAAUAUGCAAUCGGACGACGAGUCGCCGUUCAGCGAUCAUCCACUGCUAGCGAAUCGGCUCGAGCAAUUUGGAGAAGAGGAAUUGUCGGCGGUCGAAGCGGACCAUGAUCACGGAUCGAAUACGGAAUCGUCGCGCGGUUGCGAGGAUUCCGAGCCGACCGACACCACCGGCUGGGAGCCGCCGAUAUUGGUGCAAUCGGGAACGUCGCCAAGGAACAACCAGUCGACGCCAUCGUCAUCGAAUAAUUACAACUUUCGGCAGAGUCCCUCGUUGUUCAGCGAUCCGUUCAAACUGGAAAUGACGAAUAGCAUGCACUCAUGA